AUGGAGCUGACGAAGCAACUACUUCACCUGCUGCUGCUGCUGCAGCUCUGCACUUGGCCCACAGAUCAGCAGCAGCUGUCGCACAACUUCAGCUUCAUAGAGGAGGUAGCAAGGCGAGCUGCUGGCCAACAGAGGUGGACGACCAUGCCCAUCUUCAUCAGUCGCCAUGUGGAGCGAGAGCAGGUGAACGACUUGGUACGUUGGCUCCACAACAAUCUGAGCAGCUCCAGCUAUAUCUUCGAUGGCACCCAGGAGCAGCCGAAUCCGUUCAAUCCGUUGAGGAAUCACAUCAAGAACGACGCCUUGAGCCUUCUGUUCUGCUACAGCACCGAGGAGCAGAUCUGGUGGCAUUUGGACGAACGCUUACGAAAGAUGCGUCAGAGUCGUCUCUUGGUCAACCUGGCGGCCCAGAGAGGCCACCUAGCUGUGCGCGGUAUAUUCGCCAAGCUGUGGAGUCUGCAGUUCCUGCGAGUCCUGGUGAUACAUAGGCAAAGGAUAUAUCGAUACACACCUUACCCAACGUUGCGUUACUUUGAGCUGCAGCUCGAGGGGAAGGGGCAGGAGAAGGAGCUGCUGCUCUUUCCCCCCGCUCCUCGUGAUCUGCGGCAAUAUGUAGUCUCUACGCCGGCUGAGAAUGACUUGCCACGAGUCUUUCGCCUGCAGGACAAGCGAACGGGCGCCCAGCUCAUUCGCGGCUACGGCUACCGCGUCUUGGCAGAGUUCUUCUACAGGCACAACGCGGUGCUGCAUGUGAGCAAUGCCGGCAAAUCUCUGCCCAUCGACAGCAGCGUCAAUAUGAGUCGCAUCCAGCAGCUCAUUGGCACGCACAAGCUGGAGAUCUCCAUGCACCCCUAUGUGGGCAUCGAUCGCAAGCUGGGCAUACUCAGCUAUCCGCUGCACAUAGCCCAGAACUGCUUGAUUAUGCCGGUGAGGAAUGAGAUUCCACGCUUCAUGUACCUGCUGCGUCCGUUUCACUGGAGCAGCUGGCUACUGCUGCUAGCUGCCGUGUUCUAUGUAAGUCUCGUGCUCUACUUCCUGAGUCCCGGGUUGAAUGAGGACACGGGACUGCGUGCCGCGCACUCACUGCUGGCUGGACUCUCUCAGCUACUUUUUCUCAGCUCGCCGACACGCAUUUACCAGCCGUCGAUGCGCUACUUCCUCGUAGCCUUGCAGCUCUCCGUGCUGGGCUUCUUUGUGACCAACUGGUAUUCGAACCAGCUGAGCAGCUUCCUGACCGCCACCUUGGUGGGCGAGCAGGUGGACACGUUUGAGCAGCUCAUUGCACAGCAGCAGAAAAUUCUGGUCAAGCAUCAUGAGGUGGAGAUGGUGCUGCAAAUGGUGCCUCCACAUCUGGAGAAGCAGGUGGCACGCCUCGUCGUUGGCUCCGAGGCCGGUGAGCAGGUGAGCGCAUUGCUUGGCUUCAAUAUCAGCUACUCGUAUCCAUUCACUGUCGAGCGCUGGGAGUUCUUUGCGCUGCAGCAACAAUAUGCCAUGAAGCCCAUCUACCGGUUCUCCUCCGUCUGCCUUGGCGCACCAGUUAUUGGCUACCAAAUGCGCAGGGACUCGCACCUGGAGCCACUGCUCAAGCACUUCAUCAUGCGCAUACAGAGCAUUGGGUUAUUCCAACAUUGGGUCGUCUCCGACUUCAACGACGCCAUGAAGGCGGGCUACGUCCACCUCAUUGAUAAUUCGCUGGGCUUCAAGGCCUUGGAUCUGGACACCUUGCGCUUGGGCUGGUUCGUCCUGCUCUGCGGCUGGCUGCUGGCCGCUGUGGUUUUCAUUUGUGAGCGCCACUACCACAACCCCAGCACCACCUGCCAUUGA